GCGCGUCUUCCUUGGCGUCGGUUGGAGGGGGGGAGAGAGAGAGAGAGAGAGAGAGGGAAGCCGCCCCUCGGAGGCCCCCUCCAAGAUGACAACCCUGGACGAUAAGCUGCUGGGGGAGAAACUGCAGUACUACUACAGCAGCAGUGAUGAGGAGGAUAGCGAGAAGGAGGAGAACGAGGGGUCUCCCACUGGCCACGAUGCCACCGUGCUGGAAGAGGUGGCCCUGAGCGCUGAUGGCAGUGCCAUAAACACAGGUCCUAAAGGGGUGAUCAACGACUGGAGGAGGUUCAAACAGCUGGAGACGGAGCAGAGGGAAGAGCAGUGCCGGGAGAUGCAGAGGUUGAUCAAAAAACUCUCCAUGACCUGCCAGUCACACCUGGAUGAAGAGAAAGGCAAGCAGAAGCAGAAGGAAUUGCAGGAGAAACUGAACGACAAGCUGUCCCUGCACCAGGAAGCGGACGACGAGGCGUUCCUGCAGCAGUACCGCCAGCAGCGCAUGGAGGAGAUGCGCCGUCAGCUGCACCCGGGCCAGCAGUUCAAGCAGGUCUUCGAGAUUGAGAGCGCCGAGGCCUUCCUGGAGACGGUGGACCAAGGCAACAAGAAGGCGCCGGUGAUGAUCCACAUCUACGAGGAGGACAUCCCGGGGGCCGAAGCCCUGGACGGCUGCAUGCUCUGCCUGGCCGCCGAGUACCCCACGGUGAAGUUCUGCCGGGUGCGCAGCGCCCUGAUCGGCGCCAGCUCCCGCUUCACCAGCAACGCCCUGCCGGCCCUGCUGGUCUACAAGGGCGGGGAGCUGGUCGGCAACUUCAUCCGCAUCACUGACCAGCUGGGACAAGACUUCUUUGCCGCGGACUUGGAGUCCUUCCUGCAGGAGUUUAGCCUGCUGCCGGAGAAGGACGUGGUGCUCUACACCUCCAUUUGCAACGCGGCCUCGUGCUACGACGAGGACAGCGACCUGGAGAUCGACUGAGAAGAGACAGGGCACGGAGGGGGCGGGCCCGGUUCUCUUCCCCGCUUCCCCCCAGGACCCCUGGCUGGCUUGGAAAAGGGAGCCGUUCACCCCGCAGCCCCCAGGCCCAUCCGACAGGUCUACAGCCGGUUGCUGCUGCUUCCGCGGUGCCCCCCACCCCACCUUCUCCCGAGCCCUGCUCUGCGCCUGGGCACUGCGUAGAGCAGGGGGUUCCCCCGAACUUGGCAACUUUUAAGGCUUGUGGACUUCGACUCCCAGAAUUCCUCAGCCAGCAGAGCUCGCGCUCUCCUUGGGAUCCCGUCCUCUGCAACCUCUCCACUUUGGCGGGUAAGAAAGAAGACGCGGCUGGCUGAGGA